AUGAUAUCAGAUCAAAUAAAUCUAGUUCAAUGUUUUAUGUACUAUUUACAUUUAGAGUUGGGGGCCUAUGAUUACUUAUGAAUUAAUAAUUAUUGAAUUUUAAGCAUGGCUAAAAAAAGUAUUGAAGAGCUGGAUUUAUAUUCAAUUCUUGAUAUUAAGCUUACAGCUACUGAAUCUGAGAUCAAAAAAGCUUAUCGUAAAAAAGCUCUCCUAUGUCAUCCAGACAAAAAUCCUGAUGAUCCUAAAGCAGCUGAGACUUUUCAUGAAUUAUCGCGUGCCUUAGAAAUUUUAACUGACAAAGCAGCGCGCGAUGCCUACGACAAAGUUUUAAGAGCGAAAGAAGCAGCAAAGUUGAGACAUAGAGAGUUAGAUAGUAAACGACAGAAACUCAAAGAGGACUUGGAGAGACGUGAACGAGAUGCCAAUUUAAGUAGCGCUAAAGUUCUAACAGAUGAACAGAAGCUAGCCGCAGAAAUAGCAAGGUUACAAAAAGAAGGGAGCAGACUGCUGCAAGAAGAACAACAAAGAGUUAAAGAAGAGAUCCAAAGGACUCUAGGUCGCCUUAGUGAACCAGUAUGGGAUUCAAAUUUAAAUAGGAUUAAGAUAAAAUGGAGUGUAAAUAAAAAUGAUACAAAUAAUGGUGGAUAUGACGAAAACAAUUUAAGAAGAUUUUUAAAGAAAUAUGGAGAAAUUUUGGCUUUAAUUGUGUCCCCCAAGAAAAAGGGUAGUGCUCUUGUGGAAUUUGCAACUAAAGAAGCUUCUGAAAUGGCUGUUGAAUUUGAAAAAGGUUUACCAGAUAAUCCACUUACACUGAAAUGGGUUAAUGACCGACCUAUACUUACAACAAAGAAAAAAGUCACAGAACCAAGCUUAAUAUCAGAUAGAGACUAUGAAUCAGUAGUUCUAACAAAAAUGCGACAGGCAGCAGAACGACAAAGGCUAAUAGAAGAAAUGAUGAAGGAGGAACAAGGACAAUAAAACAAUAUAAUUUAAUUCAA